UCCAGAUAAGCAAGCUUAGUGAUCAGAUCUUUCCUUUUGACGCUCCUGAUGCACUUGAGUUUUCACGCCGCAACCCUGCGUGCUUCCUGUUCACAGCCACCGUUUGCCUUUCAUUACACCAGAAGUGAGUAUUUGCGAUCCACCGGGGAACUCCUGAGCGUGAUGGGAGGUGCCUAUUUCUUCUUCAGAGGGAUCAAGUAUCUCCAGCAGAGGCGCCCGUCUUUGAAAGCCAUCUUUACCGAGAGCUACAGCGAGCUGCUUUUCUUCGUCCAUUCUGUCCUCCUGCUGGGCUCGGUCGUGCUUUAUUUCAGCAGGCAGGAAACCUACGUGGUGCUCAUGGUUUUCGCCUUGGCCCUCGGGUGGGCCAACCUGCUGUAUUACACCCGUGGUUUUCAGCAAAUGGGCAUUUAUUCUGUCAUGCUCGAAAAGAUGAUGCUGCGAGAUCUGUGCCGUUUCAUUGUGGUUUAUCUGCUCUUCCACUUGGGCUUUACAACCGCGGUGGUGACCCUCAUUGAGGAAGACAACGAGGGGCGCCCAGAGGUUGGCCAGCCGCCCAGCGUCUGCCCCUGUCCCGUGAAGCCUCGCCCGUCCUACAACAACCUCUACAUCACCUGCCUGGAGCUGUUCAAGUUCACCAUUGGGAUGGGCGACUUGGAGUUCACGGAGAACUACCACUUCAAGUCCAUCUUCAUCAUCCUCUUGCUGAUCUACGUGGUCCUCACCUACAUCCUGCUGCUGAACAUGCUCAUCGCCCUGAUGGGCGAAACGGUCAACAAGAUUGCUCAGGAGAGCAAAAGCAUCUGGAAGCUCCAGCGAGCCAUCACCAUUUUAAACAUCGAGAACAGCUACUGGAACUGCAUUGUCAACUCCUUCCGGUCCGGGAAGCGAGUUUUGGUGGGGACAACCCCGGACGGCAAAGAAGAUUACCGCUGGUGCUUUCGAGUGGAUGAGGUUAAUUGGUCCACGUGGAAUACCAACCUGAGCAUUAUCAAUGAAGACCCCGGAGGAUCCACCGAGGAGCUGAAACGCAACCUCAGCUUUUCUUUCAAAUCUGGCAGAGUUACUGGAAAAAACUGGAAGACCUUGGUCCCGAUUCUGAGAGAUGGAAAACGUGAAGGCUCACUCAAACCCAUUUCAGAGGACUACACCAAUUCGGAUGAACAAGAUGCCCGGAAAAAGUCCCUCCCCAACCCUGUCUUAUGAUCGUUUGGAUGGAAGGCGUGGCUCCCACCCCUUCUGCGCAUGGUGGUGCAGUGC